AUGUCAAGCAUGCCAAAAGCACCCUGGAAGGAAGUUCAAAUGGACUUUAAAGGGCCAUUACCAAAUGGAAAAUAUCUUUUGGUCGUAUACGAUUUAUAUAACCGUUUUCCAGAGGUCGAAAUUGUAACAUCGACGUCGGCACAAGCAGUAUUGCCAAAACUCGAUGCUAUACUAGCACGACAAGGAAUUCCAGAGAUCAUCCAAACCGAUAACGGUCCGCCAUUCACAAGCAAUGAAUUUCGACAAUACGCAGAAUAUCACGGGUUUAAACAUAAACGAAUAACACCAUUGUGGCCACGAGCAAACGCGGAAGUAGAACGAUUCAUGUCAAAUUUAAAGAAAACUCUCUUAACAGCAAGUAUCGAACACCGAAACACACAACAAGUGUUGUACGAAUACUUACGACAACACAGAGCAACGCCACACACUACAACGCAGAUAUCCCCAAUGGAACUUAUGAAUGGGCGAAAAAUGUCUACUCGCUUACCAGAGAUCACUAUAGCUAGAAAUGACGAUGAGAUUCGUAAAGUCGAUUCAGAAAAUAAACAGAAAAUGAAAGAAUAUGAAGAUAGAAAACUUAAUACUAAGGAAAGUUGUCUAAAAGUAGGAGAUAGAGUAUUACUUAAGCAAAGGAAAGGAAAUGCAUUUACUGCACUGUUUGAUCCAAAGCCAUUUCGUAUUAUAGAAAGAAACGGUAAUUCCAUAAGAAUUCAGAGAAAUGACUUGCAACUUUGGAGAAAUGUUAGCCUUGUUAAGAAGGUAGUAGAAGGUAUAAAAGAAAUGGAUGAUCCCUUAAGUGACGUAGAGCUGGAUAGUAUUGUAGAAGGUGAUUCUAUAACCGAAGAAAGGGGGGAAAAGGAAAAAGGGAAAACUUUGUCAAAGCAAACAAUAACGAGAAAGAGUCUUAGAAACAGAAGAAUGCCAAAAAGGUAUAAUGAGUUUAUAUUGAACUAA